AUGAUUCGGGCUGCAUGGCAACUGAGCAGACACUAUUGCCAUAAUUCUCAACCCGAAGUUGUACGACCUUUGGCGUUCGACUUACACGAACCGCCAAAGCCAAAAGUAAAUGAAACAACCUCGCCCAUACUCUUCCUGCAUGGACUUUUUGGUUCUAAGAAGAACAACAGAGGAAUCAGCAAAGCAAUCGCUCGCGAUUUGGGCAGAUACGUAUAUGCAUUGGACCUGAGAAAUCAUGGGGAAUCUCCGCAUAAUCAGCGGCAUGAUUACCUCUCGAUGGCAGAAGAUGUCUCGUCAUUUAUCAAGGACAAAAUGCUUACUGACGUUAGUAUUAUCGGCCAUUCAAUGGGUGCAAAGACGGCCAUGACGCUUGCUCUUCGCUCUCCGGAAAUGGUAUCAAAUGUGGUGGCAGUUGACAAUGCCCCUGUUGAUGUUGCAUUGAAUGGUGACUUCGCCAAAUACAUCAGGGGAAUGAAGAUGAUUCAAGGUGCCAAAAUUUCUCGCCAAGCCGAGGCCGACGCAAUUUUACAGAAUUUCGAAGAGGUACCAUCCCUAUCGCAUACACCCCUCUACCAAGGAGAUCGCUUGCCAAUCUAG